UUCCCGGGCCAAGGGCCGUGCAGCAGAGGCAGGGCGGGCAGGACAGGAGCUCUGCUCCCCUGCAGCCACCAGCAGCCCCAGGUUUGGCUUCAGUCCACCAUUGCCACCUACUGCUCCGUUCAAAGGCUGGCAAGACCCAGGGCUCUGCCGGGAGCUAUAACCCGUGCAGGCUUCCCCUCCUCUUUCCUCCCAACAGGAUUUCUGCUCCAAAGGCUCUGGGUUUCCUGCUCCCGGCUGGGGAAGGGGAGGGACUCCUGGCCUUGGGGCCCUGCAAGCCAGGCUCUGCCUCCAGGGAGGAGGAGGACGAGCUCUGUCCACCCAGCCCCAGGACUUGCCGGGCUCCAUGUCCCGCUUCGGGGCUCGUCGGGAAGGACAGACACCGUCAUCCUCACUGGAGGUGAAUGAAGAAGCAGACUUUGGGGUGCCACGUCAGGAAGGGGGGAUUUAGUCUCUGGAGCAAAUGAAGAGACGAUUCCUCUUUGCAAGCAACUGUUUUGCGGAGGAUUUUCCAGCAUGCAGCAGCAAGGUGGGGAAAGGAAGGAGGAAGAGCCAGAAGUUCCAGCAGCCACGAAGAGCCCAAGCACCGAAGCCGCAGAUGGAGGGUGGGCAUGGGGAGUGGUGUUUCAUUUCUUCCUGGUCAACGUACUUGUGAUGGGGAUGCUCAAGACCUUUGGGAUUUUCUUCGUGGCUUUCCAAGAGGAGGUGGGGGGCUCCUCUGAGCAAGUCAGCUGGAUCGGCUCCAUCAUGUCCUCCCUGCGUUUCUUAGGAGCCCCGCUCGUGGCCGUGGUCUGCAAGAGCCUGGGCGAGCGGCCGACCUCCAUCAUCGGGGCCGGCUUGGUCGGAGGGGGCUGCCUGCUCAGCACACAGGCCACCAGCGUCCCCUUCCUCUGCGUCUCCAUGGGACUUCUCCUGGGUAUGGGGUUUGCCUGCCUUUACCAGGCAGCCGCAGUGAUGACGGCCAAGCGCUGCAGGACACGGCUGGCUUUCUCCAACGCCAUCGCCCGCUCCGGCAUGGGGCUGACAUUUCUAAUAGCACCAUUCACUCAACUUCUCAUCGAUUUUUAUGGCUGGCAAGGUACUCUCCUGAUUUUUGGAGGCAUCAUGUUAAACCUCGUGCCUUCCAGCAUGCUGCUGCGUCCCAUCAGCACCCAGCCACCUCAACGCUCCUCAGCUAAAAAUCAGGACUGUGGGUCUUUAAUGGCAAAGAAGGAUUCAGAAACGCUCAAUGGAUGCUCAGAUGAAACCACUCCCAGGGAAAUACAGCUUCGCAGUGCACAGGACCUUCCCACCACGGAGGGACUCCUGAUGUCCCAUGGCAGAGAUGUGUCUGGUCCAGUAAAUACAUCUGCUUUGGAAAGGCUCAAGAAACCCCCCGUGGACAGCUGCUCACCAGAAAUAGCCACCGAGGCCAAGAGAAGCUACAAAUCCCUUCCACCGACAGAAAAAGAAAAUUCACAGCCUCUCCUUGACUUCUCCCCGCUGAAGGAUCCCGUCUUCUGCAUUUUCACAUGGUCUUUUUUGUUCAGCCAUUUGGCCUACUUCGUGCCCAUCUUCCACUUGGUAGCAAGAGCCAGAACGCUGGGCAUAAGCAGCAUGGAUGCCUCUUACCUCAUUUCAGUGGCUGGCAUCACAGAGACAGUCAGCCAGCUGCUCUCAGGCUGGGUUGCUGACCAGAACUGGACCAAGAAGUAUCACUACCACGUGGCUUACCUUGUCCUCGGCGGCAUCACUAACCUGCUCUGUCCUCUGGCCACCACCUUCCCAUUACUCAUGACCUACGUGGUGGCCUUCGCUGUUUUCUGCGGUGGGUUCAUGGCUCUGGUCCUUCCUGUGCUGGUAGAUCUAGUGGGCGUGCAAAAACUCCACAGCUACUUGGGGUUUGCUGCCUUCUUUGCUGGGAUAGCAGCCAUCGGCGGACCUCCUCUAGCAGGUAACUGUAAUGUUAUGUAUAAGUUAUACCCACCGCAGACAUCUAGUGAUAAAACAUGCUCCUGGUUUACUCUCCUACCCAUAUGCAUCCAAGGAUGGUUUUUCUGUCCAAGUGAAAAAAAAACCAAAAUGCAUUUCAGAAACUUAUCUUUAUACACAGGCAAUAUUUUGCUCGUGAAUUUGCAAAACCCAACUAGCAGUUUGACAGCUGCGUGGAAAAAAAGAGGCUAAACCCCACGUGCAAAUUUUAACCCUGACCACAGCAGAAAAGUAACGACUGCAUUACCGUGGAUUUUACCCCCAACAGGGCAUUGGAACACUGAACUUGGAACAGAGGGACUAGAGGGGAGACAGGGAGAGGAAGGUAAAGCAAGGACAAGCUCAGCAGCAGUCCCACCAAGCAGAGGCACUGAAACAUAGGGAGAAGUCUCAGCAAUCUCUUGUUUUGAAGAAGAUUACACAGCUCAGCCACAAGAGCUCCUGGGCCCAAAGAUAAGGAGGAUGAAAAGCCUUUCCUCUUCUCCCUCUGCCAGAAAACCAAGGCAGUUUUGAGUAUCUGGCAGAUUUCAAGCGCUUAGAAGCGAGUCUCCAGUCUCUGCUUAUGAGCAAGGGACUUGUUCUCCUCCAAACAUCUUGGCCAGGACAAAGCUUUUCCUUUCCCUGAUGACCCUUUAGCCAUACCUCAUAGCUGGAAACAGGAACUGAGCUCUUCCUAGGUCCUCAUGAUGCAAACAAACUAGAAAAAGCUGCAAGGUCAAAUAUCAGUGUGAACAACGUCCUGUCACUCACCUACCAAAUGUAUCCUGAAUAAAACCUGGCAACUUGUUCUUCA